AUGUCAAGCAAAACAACACUAGAAACAGAUGAAGGGCAAGAUGUUAUGAUGAACAAUGAUACGGAGUUUUCAUCUCAUUCGGUUGUCGAUCCAUGCAUUUUUUGUCCUUUAAAAAAUUUAGGUAACACCUGUUACUUUAACGCUGGAGUACAACUUCUUGUCAAUUGUCCUUCCUUUGUAUACAGUAUCUGCAACUCCCCGUUUCGUCACACACAAUUACUGCACCGUGCAUUGCGGCUGCGUCGACAUUGUAGUACUAGUUCACAGAACUUAUUUCAGGCCUUUGCAGAACUCGUCUACCAAAUGGAGUUUACACCAUUAUCACGUGAUGAGUCUAUUUCACCAUUGCGUGCAUUAGAGUCUCUCGCCGCCGUACAUUCCGCCUUUGAAGGACGUCAGCAGCAGGACUGUCCAGAGAUGGUAAAUGUUAUUAUUGCCAAUGUAUCUGAAGAGAGUAGACAAGAAGUGGAUUUGGACACACUGCUGAACUCAUUUGAAACCGACGCGGUUGCAGUUGCGGCUUCAGAUGAGGAUUUAUUAGAGGAUUAUUCGGUACCUUCUCCCACGAAUGAAUUGUUUUUACAAUAUCAAUAUCCAGGUAGUUGGUGGUAUUUCAAUAUUCUGCGACUCAUGCGUAUGGUAAAUAAAGAGAAUGAGUUAUUAGAACGCAAAGAAAAAGAUAGAAAAAAACAACCAUACGAAAAUACUUUUCGUCCACCGAAACUUUUUGUAAAUAGCGCUGCCGAUUGUUUUACUGGGUACUCAUUAUCUGAAGUACAAUGUCAUGCUUGUGGAAAUACUUCUCGAAUAGUUGAGGAGUUUUCAUCCCUUACUAUUGAUAUUCCAUCAGAUGCUCAGCGAUUACGUUACGCUCGAGCACAUCCAGAAAUAAAACGUGUAGGUCCUGAUGGAGUUUCCCCACAACAAAAACGUGCAUCCGGGAAUCAUUGGAUGAAUCCACUCGCAUGGGUAGGUACAUUAGCCCGUUGGUUCUUUGGUAUCUUUACUGGUUUUUCAAGUUCUGUAAAUUAUCCCGUUACAUUACAAGAAUGUCUGGAUGUCCAUUUUGAACCUGUUUUGUUAACUGGCAAUAAUAAAUAUCAUUGUGGCUCAUGUAAUUCUACAUCAGAGGCUACAAAACGUGAAACACUUCUAUCGCUUCCAGAUUACUUAUUAGUACAAAUGAAGCGGUUUGAGUAUGGACAUUGUUUUAAUACAAAGAAAAUAGACCCUGUUAUUUUUCCAGUUUCUUGGAAUACAGGAGAUGCACAAUCGAAUGAAGUAUUGCGACUUGGGGACUACCUCCACGAGAGUGUGGCGACGCCAAAGUCUACAUUGCCAUCUUCAUGCAGAGAAAAUGCUGAACCCACUAUGGAUGCCGCAGAGGGAUUAGAAGCGGAAUCCGAACCAGAGGCAGCAGCAGCAGGAGUAGGAGGAGAAGGAACAGUAGAAACCGCAAAGGUACCAGUUGGAACAAGAAUGAGAGGAGGACGUUCUCAUGGGUGUACGGAUAGUGAUUACGCUUCCCCUUCUGAUAGAGUGAAUGGACUUCACAUGACACCACAGUUUCCCAUUCACACUUACUCGUUAGAGGCUGUAGUUAAUCAUCAUGGUUCUAUCAGAGGAGGUCACUAUACAGCCUAUGCACAUAAAAAGACAGAACAAAGUGAUGUCUGGGUGUAUUUAAAUGAUGAUGAUAUCACUACUGCUUCGUUGAGUGAAGUUGCCGAUUCAGAAGAGUAUUUAUUAUUGUAUAAGAAACAACCACUUCAUCAGCGGUCUGAUCUCUUUUAUGAACUUCGCAAUUGUGCACGUCUGCUUCUAGCGACACCACCGCAGGAUGUGUCAGAUGUAACAACUGAUCGGAUUAUGUUUACAAGUGAAAAAUUGAAUUCAAAAGGUGAUGUUCAAAGUGAGGAUGAAGAGAUAGUAUUUAUCUCUCGGCCAUGGUUAGAGCGAAUGGCCUUUAUGGAAGAACCAGGUCCUAUUUUAAAUCGUCUUUGCUACUGUUCAGAGGAACAAAUUCGUUCUGAAAUGGAAUUACAGCGGCAAAAACACGAACAAGAGCAGCGAGAAGAGAGUUCUUCCUUUACUGGUUUGCCUGUUCACGUUCAUGGGCCACCAGUGGAAUGGUUUUUCGUUCCUCUUCAGCGCAAAGAAUAUAAUGCAUUCUAUAGGGUUUAUGGGGGUAAUCUUGCAGUGACGCAGAAGGAGUACAAAAGGGUACAACAGGCCCAACAUGAUGUGGCAUAA